AUGGAGAACAAUAAUAAUUUCUUCAUCUUCUCUGCUCUGCUAAUUAUAAUACUCAGCAGCUUGAGUAUCAAUAAACCUUCCUUAGCCUCCACAACACCACUCCUCAACUCCACAACCGACGUAAAUGCACUUGUCCAUUUCAAAACUUCCAUCACCUCUGACCCUUACCGUAUCCUGGCCACAAACUGGUCGAUCGAUACCUCUUCCUCCUCUGUUUGCCAAUGGAUUGGUGUUUCGUGCAGCACCAAACACAAUGACAGAGUCACGGGACUUAACAUUUCCGGUUUUGGCCUCAGAGGAACUCUGUCCCCACAUCUUGGGAACUUGACGUUUUUAAGAUACUUAGACAUGAGUUAUAAUAAUUUCACGGGGCCCAUACCUCGUGAGCUGUCUCGUCUGCGCCGCCUGAGGUCUAUAGAUAUUGGAUUCAACUCGUUUGCCGGACAAAUACCAACCUGGUUCGGAGCAUUUCCUCAGCUUGAGAUAAUGCGUCUGACCAACAACACGUUCACAGGGUCCAUACCUCAAGAGUUGUCCCUCUUGCAGGGCCUGAGGCAUAUAGAUAUGGAAGCCAAUUCAUUGACCGGACAAAUUCCGGUGUGGUUUGGCGCUUUACCUCAGCUUGAGCUACUGAACCUUAGAAACAACAAACUCAACGGAAAGAUUCCGGAGGAGAUUGGCAAUUGUUCUUCCCUGCAAAUACUAUAUUUGUCGCAUAACCAGUUGACGGGCUCCAUUCCGGACAUUAUCUUCAAUUUGUCAUCCAUUAGAGAGAUUCGGGCUUCAUACAAUUACCUCUCAGGUACGCUUCCAAGUGAUAUGUGCAACAAUCUACCGAACCUGGCUUUGCUUGCGGUGUCGAGCAAUCAAUUGGAGGGUACCAUUCCACCAAAUAUAGGCAACUGCACAAAUCUUGAGGCCCUUUCUUUAUCCAUCAACCGUUUCAAUGGGGAGAUCCCAAGCGAAAUUGCAAGUUUGAGCAUGCUUAGGGUGUUGUAUCUCGGGACUAACGAGUUAAAAGGGUCAAUACCAAAGCAAAUUGGAAAUUGUACUUCCUUGAAAGAAAUAAGCCUUUCUGACAACCAUUUGACAGGUAAUUUACCGAAAGAGCUGAAUAAGUUGGCAUUCCUUGAGUUAUUCAGCGCAGCCAUCAAUCAAUUGUCCGGAUCAAUCCCACCAUGGAUCUUCAACAUAUCAGCUUUGAAACACUUAUCUCUUUCAGCUAAUCAUUUCUAUGGAAUUCUUCCCCUCUCUCCCGAGCUCUCUCUUCCAAAUCUCGAAGAAUUGUAUUUGUCAAGCAAUGAACUCCAUGGGGAGAUUCCGAUUUUUAUCACCAAUGCUUCUAAUUUAGAUAUGCUGGAAGUGUCAAAUAACUCAUUCAGUGGCUCCAUACCCAACUUGGGCAGCUUAAGGCUCUUACGUAGGCUUCACAUUUGGGGUAAUUCUCUGAGUGGAUUAGGAUUUAUCUCUUCAUUAGCUAAUUGCCAAUUUUUGGAGGAGUUAGAGAUUUCGUUAAACCCACUUAACGGCAUCCUCCCUGAUUCCAUUGGGAAUUUAUCAAAAUCUCUUACAAAUUUCCGGGCACAUGGCUGCAACAUUAACGGAGUUAUUCCUUCUACCAUCAGAAAACUGAUUGGUGUGCAAAUUUUAAGUUUAGCAGGAAAUCAAAUCACUGGAGUUAUACCUCCAACAUUAGGGAAAUUAAAUCGGCUUCAAAGAUUAUAUCUUUAUGCCAAUCAACUGCAUGGGUUUAUCCCUCAAGAUAUUUGUGGGAUGAGUAAUAUAGGUGAAUUGUACCUGCAAGAAAAUAACCUCACAGGUCCCAUACCUGAAUGCUUCGGUGAUCUUAAAUCCCUCAGAAAUAUCUACUUAAGUUCCAACAAGUUGAAUUCCAGCAUACCUCUCAACUUCUGGAACUUGAAGGACCUUUUGUUUCUCAACUUGUCCUCAAAUCGUUUGAGUGGUCAACUUCCAUAUGAAAUUACAGGUUUGAGACAACUAAAUGAACUAGAUUUGUCCUACAAUCUAUUUUUCGGAGACAUUCCAAGAUCAAUUGAUGGUUGCGAAUCAUUAACAUCUCUAAAUUUGUCGAAUAACAAAUUUGAAAGAUCCAUUCCUCCAUCACUGGGGAAUAUCAGAGCCUUGAUGGCAUUGGAUUUAUCUAACAAUAAUCUUUCGGGACUGAUACCUGAGUCCUUAGAGGGCCUCAAAUUCCUUCAAUACUUUAAUGUGUCUUACAACAAAUUGGAAGGAAUUAUUCCCACAGGUGGCCCUUUUGUUAACAUUACUGCUCAAUCUUUUCUUCACAACUCUGCUCUUUGUGGAGACCAAAGAUUUCAAGUGCCUCCAUGCAUUGGGAAUAAUCUCAAGAAUUCUAGACUAAAGAAAGUUGAUCGGCUGAUGAAGUAUAUUGUGCCUCCGUUCAUUUCAGUUAUGAUAUUAACAGUCAUUAUAGUACUUGUGUUGGUGAGGACACGAAAACCAAAAAGAGGGCUUGCUCCUACUGAUGAUAUUUCACUAGGUAUUACUUGGAGAAGAAUCUCAUACAUAGAACUUGUUAGGGGAACUGACGCCUUCAGCGAAACAAACUUACUUGGAAACGGCAGCUUUGGUUCGGUUUUCAAAGGGGUGCUUUCUGAUGGACUAAAUGUUGCAGUGAAAGUCUUCAACUCGCAAUUAGAAAGAGCUAUCCGCAGUUUUGAUACGGAAUGUGAAAUACUUAGCAGCAUUCGACACAGAAACUUAGUCCAAAUAAUUGGUUGUUGUAGCAACACAGAAUUCAAAGCUUUGGUUCUCGAGUUCAUGCCAAAUGGUAGUCUCGAGAAAUGGUUGAACUUGGAAAACUGUGUUUUGGAUUUGAUAUCAAGGCUGAAAAUUGCAAUAGAUGUUGCAUUAGCCUUGGAAUAUCUCCAUCAUGGCCAUACAUUCCCGGUAGUUCAUUGUGAUAUAAAGCCGAGUAAUGUGUUGCUUGAUGAGGAUAUGGUUGCCCGGCUUUGUGAUUUUGGGAUAGCCAAGCUCUUUGAUGAUGGGGAGAAUAUUGUUCUUACGAAAACCUUGGGGACAAUUGGUUACGCCGCACCAGAGUAUGGAUCAGGAGGCAGAGUGUCAACGAGUGCAGACGUUUAUAGCUAUGGCAUACUGUUGCUGGAAAUGUUUACAAGCAAGAAGCCAACUGAUGAUACUUUCAAUGAAGAGAUGAGCUUGAAGGAUUGGGUACUUGAAAAUUUACGAGAAAAUGCAGUAGCUAAAAUUGUGGGCACUGAUUUGCUAGCAAGUGAAGAUCAGCAUUUUCAUGCAAGGGAGGAAUGUGUCUCGUCUAUCUUUGGUUUGGCAAUGAAAUGUUUGGUUGUUAUUCCCGAUGAAAGGAUUAACAUGAUGGAAACAACAGCUACACUGCAGAGGAUUAAAGCCAAAGUUGUGGCUGACACUACAAGUCGUCAACAAUAUGCAAUGUCCAUUAUUCAAGACAAUAGGUAUUGA